AAGAAAGAAAGAAAGAAAUACCUUUCCCUUCCCAAACCAAACUUUUCCAUUUGCAUCCCUAAAAAUGGAGUCCCUUUCUCUUUAUGUGUCUCUCACUCUUCUGGUGUCCCUCUCACUCCUCCAUUCAACAACAUCAUCCUCCUCGUCCUCCCAGCAGCUUGUCUCCCUUCUGAUGAGCAUCAAGUCCGCAUUAGACCCUCAGAACCAAAUCCUCAGCUCAUGGUCAUGGUCACCCAAUAACAGUGGCAGCCCUUGCACCAGCUUCCAAGGCAUUGCCUGUAAUGACCAAGGCCACGUCGUCAACAUCUCACUCCAAGGCAAAGGCCUCUCCGGCCACAUCCCGCCGGAGAUCGGCCUCCUGACCACCUUGUCCGGCUUGUAUCUCCACUUCAACAACCUUAAAGGCCUCCUACCCAAGGACCUUGCUAAUUUGACUCACCUCUCUGACUUGUACCUCAAUGUCAACUCCCUCUCUGGCCCCAUUCCCCCCCAGAUUGCUUCCAUCCCCAAUUUGCAAGUGUUGCAGCUCUGCUAUAACAAGCUGAGUGGAAACAUCCCGACACAGAUCGGUUCGAUGAAGAAACUCACUGUUCUUGCGUUGCAGUCGAAUCAUUUGAGCGGUGCGAUUCCUGCCAGUUUGGGGAAUUUAAUGAAUCUGACGAGGCUGGACUUGAGUUUCAAUCACUUGUUCGGAUCCAUCCCCCUUCGAUUAGGCCAUCUGCCUAUGCUCAAGCUUUUCGACGUUCGAAACAAUACCCUUUCGGGCAAUGUCCCUUUAGCUUUCAAGAGAUUGGAACAAGGCUUUCAAUAUUCGAACAAUCCCGCCCUCUGCGGGACCAAUUUUCCGGCACUCGAGCAAUGCGGAGCCUCGAAUUCGACCAAGCCGGAGGCGUUUGGCCCCGGGACGACCCGGCAUUUCCCUUCAAAGAACAUUCCGGAAUCAGCUAAUGUUGGCCGUAGCGCAGCGAGCCAAUCCGGGAAAUCGCAUCCGGGUGUCAUUGCCGCCAUUGUUGGGCUGCUCGUCGCCUCGGCUGUCGCAGGGGCGUUGACGUUGACGUGGUAUCGUCGGCAGAAGCAAAAGAUCGGAAGUGUGAUCGAACUAGGCGACGCUCGAUUGAGUAGUGAUCAAAUUAGGGAGGUUAGGAGGCGAAGCGCGUCCCCUCUCGUUAGUCUUGUGUAUUCCAACGGCGGUUGGGAUCCAUUGGCGAAGGGACGAGGCACGACUAGUUUCUCGCAAGAGGUUCUCGAGAGCUAUACGUUUAACUUAGAGGAAGUCGAGACGGCGACGCGCCACUUCUCAGAAGCGAACUUGUUGGGGAAGAGUAGCUUCUCGGCGAUCUAUAGGGGGGUUUUGAGGGACGGUUCGGAUGUUGCGGUCAAGUGCAUUUCGAAAGUUAGUUGUAAUUCGAACGAAGUCGAGUUCGUUAACGGGUUGAAGUUGUUAACGUCGUUGAAGCACGAGAAUCUCGUGAGGUUGCGAGGAUUUUGUUGCUCCAAGGGCCGCGGAGAGUGCUUUCUCGUCUACGAAUUCGUCCCGAACGGAAACUUGUUGCGAUACCUCGACGCGAAGGAAGAUUCGAGCAAGGCGCUUGAUUGGUCAACCCGUAAAUCCAUCAUCCGAGGAAUCGCAAAAGGGAUCGAGUAUUUGCACGGGAGUGACGACGAGAAGUCGAUGCUAGUUCACCAAAACGUAUCGGCGGAGAAGGUAUUGAUGGACGACGAUUACAAUCCGUUGAUCUCGGAUUCGGGGAUUCACAAGCUUCUAGCGGAUGAUAUAGUGUUCUCGAUGCUAAAGGGGAGCGCAGCGAUGGGUUAUCUUGCGCCCGAGUACACGACCACCGGCCGGUUCACUGAGAAGAGCGACGUAUACGCCUUUGGGAUGAUCAUAUUCCAAAUCCUCUCGGGUAGAAGUCGAAUCACACAAUUGAAUUGUCAUGGUGCCGAGCUUUCCAAAUUUGAAGACUUCAUCGAUGCGAGCCUCGCCGGGAAGUUUGAUGAGUCGGAGGCGGCUAGGUUGGGCGAAGUUGCUCUGCUUUGCACGCACGAGCGCCCCGACCAUAGGCCGGACAUGAGGACGGUGAUGCGAGAGUUGGAGAACAUCGCGAUCGUCUAGUCUUGAUCUAUGACUCUUUACUAGGCUGAUUCUUUUUACGAAGAAUUAGCGAUCGAGUUUGAACUUGAUUUGAAUUUGAAUUUGAAUUUAGGCGCGAAUGGAUGUUAAUUGGGAAUUGGGAUGUUGUAAUUGUAAGAUAUACUGAGUUUGGUAAGAAUUAAUGGCAAUGGAACUCAAGACAAUGAUGAUUUGU